AUGGGAAAUUCAAACAGUAGUAGUGAUACAGAUGAAGACAGGGGUGGUGAAAAUGUAGAGGAUGAUGAUGGAUUUUCUGAUGGUGAGAAUGAAUCAGGUACCAAAGAAGAUGUGGUUUCAGCUGAUUUAAAUAAUCUAUUUGAUUCUCAGUCUUUACGAACUCUGGCUUCAAAAAUCAGAGAAGAGAUACCAGCUAAUGUUCUUCACCAGCAUCAUAAUUCUAUUGUUAGAUGGCUGUAUGACAGACCAGAAACACAGGAAACUGUCCAUUAUACACAGUUCACUGAUAUGUUGAUUUCAAAAGGAGCCACAAAAGCUGAAGCAAUUAGAAUAUUCCAACAGUUUGAUACUGAUGGUAGUGGAAUGGCUGAUAUAUCUACUAUACUGGACUCAGUUGACUCGUGGAGUGGUGGGUCAGUGAAGGGAGAAAUUGGUUUAAAUAUCAGAAUGUUACAAGCUUGUACCUUAACACCAGGUUUUGUUGAUGUUUAUUCCGGGGAUAAAAAUCCUAUCAAUAACCAUGGUGAAAGAAUUCUCAAGUAUUUAUUACGUAACCGUGGAGACAGUAAGUCACUCCCAUUCCCGUUUUUAAAUGGUUUUAAUAAUACUGGAAACAUGAGACUUUCUGUUUUAAAAUCUACUUUUAAUCAUCUUAAAAAUCAUGGUAGUGAAAGAGAAGAACAAGAACUAGGAGAAGGGGAAGAGUUACGUCCCAUUACAAAAUGUUAUACAUCAAUAGAGGUGUCUACUAAUACAGCAGAUGCUUAUAGAUUGACUAAUGGUGAUCCCAAUACAUUUUGGCAGUCUGAUGGCACAGCUAGAACACAUUGGAUCAGGCUACAGAUGAAGAGUAAUGCUGUAUUAAAAUUAUUAACAGUAAAUGUAGCUUCGUCUGAUCAGAGUUAUAUGCCAGAACUAAUCACAGUAUCAGCUGGUAGAAAUCCUCGAUCAUUGAGAGAAGUCAAAGAAAUCAGAGUGCCUAGUAGUACAAUUGGAGAAGUUGUUUUAUUGAAAAAUGCUAAAAUUCAUUAUCCAGUGGUACAGAUCAAUAUUAAGCGUUGCCGUAGUGAUGGUUGUGAUACUAGAAUCAGAGGGUUAAAGGCUGUAGCUUACAGAGUAGUAAAAGAACCAGGAAUCAGUAUACUUGACGCCUCAGCCUCCUGGUAUUUACAGAUUUUAACAUCACUAGUUACUGCUACCAUACCACAGUCACCUUUUCUACGUGAUUCUGUAAUCAAACAUACCAAGUCAGCUUUGGAUCACAUGCCACCACUGUCCCUCUGUGCAGCCAACUAUGAUAAACCACAGUUUCUCAGUCGCCAUGUUUUAAAGGAACUUGAUACGUUUAUAAUGGACAUGUCUCUAAAUGAAGACAAGGUUCAACCAGAUGGACUCCAUAUUGUUUUGUCUUUAAACUUAGCUCGUGGUCAUGUGGCUCGUUUGAUACAACUUCUUAAAUAUUUCUAUGAAACUCCAGAUAUGAGUUUAAAUUGUGCCAAACUAUUACAGUCUGCUAUAGAUGCUAAAAAUACUUGCUGGGAAAGACUAGGCAGUGUAGUACCAAUGUCGGUGCUAGGUCAUCCUGGUAAUUCAGAAGACGUCUCAUCAUUAGAAAAUGUCAUCAACCAUUCUGCUGAAGGAGCAAAAAAUGUCUAUUAUACAGCUGAGAAUACGACCAAAGCUGAUUUAUUUUUUAAAAGUAAAGAUUAUGCUCAGUUUACCAAAUUUAGAAUUAAGAUUCCACCUGGAGGCAAGUCACCAAGAAGAGGGCUGAUAUUUGUUUUAAAUGAAACAGAGAAUUUUAACUAUGAAGAUGAAGUAAAGAAAUACAGUAAAUAUGAUAACUGGCAUGAAUUAGAAUAUAAAUUUAGUGUCAACAUUAGGUCUGCUGGUUUUGGAGGGAAACCUGAUAACCCUGUUAGUUAUUUCUAUUUUGAUGAUGACUGUGAUGAAAUUGAUAUCACAGUAAGCUGGUACCCCACAGGAAAGGUCGUGUUGGUAAAGUUAUUAGAACCUCGACAAGAAAAAGCUGAUAGACUUGGUUUAAUUUCAAUCAAAUUCUUUGGUUUUACCAGGAAAAUUCCUAACUUGGAUGAAGAUAAAUCAUCUAUUCCACAACUAAAUCCUGAGAAAAGAUCCAGCUGUUCCAGUCUAGAAAUUGUACAAUGUGUUUUAGCCUUCUUGGUUGAUCUUUCUGUAGACCAGGUUAAAAAGAAAGGAAGGAUUUCUAAAGGAGAAUAUUUAGAUUUUCAAGGUGUAGAACUAGAUACAAUAUGGUCUCUGUAUCAACUCUUUCAACAGAGUGACAACCCAGAAUGGCAGUCUUGUAGUAUAACCAUACUGAAAUUAUUACAUAGUUUAACACCAGUCAUACAGCCUCAUUCAGAUUCAGCUAAGAGAACAUUUGAUGAGGUAUUCCACUAUCUAUGUAGUGUGAUAGAUAACAAUGAAAUUAAUAAAACCAGUCCUAUUUAUAUAUUAGCAGAACAACUUAUAGUAGAUGGUGCUUCGUUAUUUUUUCCGAAUAAGGAGAUGAAAAGACAAAGAUUAUUUACUAUGAUGAAUAAUGUAGAGAACUUGACAACAGCACCUUCUGUAGCCUUGGUGUUCCAGUCUCUCUGUCAAUUUUUUAGUGCUGUUGAUCCACAAGGAUUCUUAGAUCUACCCAAACAACCUACAACGACAUUUAACAUCAGUACAGUGCUAGAUGUGAUGAAAACACUGAUAUUGGUUGCUAGCCAGGAACACACCUAUACCAGUAAAGAUAAUACAACUAACGAACAACUGACUUAUCUUAUACAACUAUCAGGCUCUUUACAAUCUAGUCUACUGUCUUGGUGUUCUAGACUACUUACAGAAGAAGAUGAAAGCGUUAAGACUGUUGCUGUUAAAAUUAUUACUGAAUAUUCUGUACAUGUAGCCAACAGAGCAGUUGAAGUGGUCAAUAUUUUAAUCAGUAAACCUACAGAUGAAUUGGAAAAACUUGCGAAUGAUCUUCAGCCUCCAUUUUUAUCUUCAAUAGUCAGACAACUGGUAUUGAUAUUAACGUAUUUGAGUCCAAAUCUGGAAUCUUCUUCACAAGUUAAAAUUCUGAACAGUUUUCUUCCUGUAUUGGUUCAUCUAGAAACAAUGGCUAAACAGGUUCCUCAAUUAUUCUCUAAGCCAGAGCUGAAUGAGGGCUGGUCUGAGGCCAAGUCUGAUGAUAUCGUGUUACGAACGUGGGAAUUAGAAUCGCCUCAUAAUUACGAGAAUAAUUCACAUCUCUCUCAGACGUUUAGCUGUCCUGGUGCGACAUCAUUUGUAGUUGAUUUUGAUCCCAGAUGUGAAACAGAAAGAAGAUAUGAUUACCUAGAGUUUACUGAUGGUAAAGGAAUGAGCAAGAAACUAGAUCAGAAAGUGGGAUGUGGGAAAUGGUCGAAACAAAUAGUUUUUAGUGGACCAAAUCUACAUUUUCUGUUUCACACAGACAGUUCCAAUACAGAGUGGGGAUACAAAUUCACUGUCACAGCCAAAGGUACCCCCGAUGCCCCACUGUCAUGGCCAUGUGACCUUGAACUUGGUUUAGCCAAAUUAUUUGGAAGAUUGUGUGGUCUGGUGUUAAGUUCUAAUCCAGUAGUACCUAAGAAUAGUUUACUAUUUGAAGGUGAAGAUACAGUAGAACAGGAUAUUUUACGCAGUGAAUUAUGGACGUCAUUAUUCCGCGGAGGUUACAUGGUUGGCAAGUUACAGAGAUCUUUAUCUUGUAAAAUUACAACUGAUGAAUCCAGUCAGAUUUUAACCUUCCUGACAGAGCUUAUUAAAUGUGAUACUAGUUUAACUAAAGAUUUUAUGAAAAAAUGUCAUCAGUCGAAGCCGAACUCUCCUGAUAUUGGAGGUGAAGAUGUUAAAGAAACUAUGAUGUAUAUAUUCUCAGCUUUGAUCUGGCAUACUCAACAACUUCGAGAAGAUCUACAUAGAUAUUUAAAAUCAGAAGGAGAAGUGAAUAUAAGUGAAGGUAUUAUACAAGCCUAUCAUGUUGCUGAUGCUUUGAGAUUCUACAUGGUUAGUCAAAGACAGAAGUUAAAUGCUGAAGAUGAUAAAUCAUUAGAUCAGUUAGAUCCAGUCAAUAGUUAUAAAAAUAAAGCUAUGUAUCUGUUGAAGUUUGCUGGUCUCAAUAAAGUGCAGAUCAAGUUUGAGAAAUACAGCAAAAAUCUUAGCAAGAAAAUUGGAAAUAAGAAAAAUGAAAUGAACUUAGUAAAGACUGAGGUAUAUGAAAAAUAUCCAUCAUUUAGAUUGGUUACAGAGUUUAUAAUGGACUUGGCGUGGACCACAGACAGGGUACAACAAAUGUUAAAAGAAAGAUCAUCCUAUGCUGCAGCAGUUGGUGAUGUUUAUGUUUUUAUAUCUCAGUUAGUAGUUACCUUAUCACAACCCAACCCAUUUCAGACAACUCUGGUGCUAUUCUUUCAAGAGAUGUUCAGCUAUCAGGAUAACUUCCCCUUGCAUUACGCCAAUGGUUUAGAAGGUUGCGGUCUACAACAAGAAAGUCGAGUGAGAACUACGUAUUAUUCUCUAGGACGGAAGUUAACUAAGUUAUUCAAACAAACACAACAACAUACACUAGAUAGUCAUGUUGUUCCAAGCUACUUGUACAUCCAGUCUUGUUUGUUACACUUGUUAGACAUACAGUGGAAGCCAUAUGAUCUAAGUUUUGUAUCUGAGAUUCAUCUACCACAGCUCUUUAUGAAAAUUGCCAAAGAAACAGUAAAGAUGAGAAGUUGUAUUAUAGGAGAAGAGAAAGAGAGUCAAGAACUAGCGGAGUAUGAACGUUGUAUGGCCUGGUUAGAACAAUGUUCUGAUGAUUUUGGUGAAUGGUAUCGACAGAAAGCAGGAGAAUGUAAUAUAGAACUGAAAAAGGCUAUACAAAUGUUUAUUGGUAGAUACUGUGAUAUACUAGACGUAGAGAUAAACUGUGACGGAUGUCGGAACACCCUUCCUGGCAGACGCUAUCAUUGUUUACAGUGUAUAGAUAUGGAUCUGUGUACAACGUGUUAUUCUGGUGGCGUCAAACCAGAGGGCGACCAUCAAGAUGAUCAUGAUACAGUACAUUUAGUAUUUAAAUGUAACAAUUGUCAAGGGUUUAUAGUUGGCACCAGAAUUCACUGUAAUGUUUGUGAAGAUUUUGAUUUAUGUCUUGGUUGCCAUAUCAACAAGAAAUUUCCUGCAGAACAUAAAGUAGAACAUGAAGUGACUAAAAUACCACCACUAAGAUUGAGGACAUUUCAAAACAGAGAUUCUCAAAUGCAGGCGUACAUCCAUCAACACGUAUGGUUGCUAUUCACAUCGUUAUCGCUAAUAUUAGGGGAGAUUAUUCACAAUGACUCGUCUAACGCCACGUCUGAUUCAGAUUAUAUCCGUCUGGCUGCCCAGUUACAGAAUCAGUGUAUCACUCUAUGUACUGAUUGUUUAGAAAAUGUACCUGAUGAUGCUGAUGAUGGAAGUAAACAUAUCAUGGAGAAAAAAUCAGAGAACCUCGAAAUCCGCCAGGAAGAGGCUUUCGCUAUCCAUUCACAAGAGAGGAUUAUGGGAUUGCUUGGAGCCAUGAUUCCUGUUGAAAAUAAGGUGCCCAUCCCAGGAGUAACAUAUAAUUUUACAACUAAGGAAUUUCUACGUCUUUUAUUUAAAGUAGCAAGGGGAGACUGUAAUCAUGAGUUAAAAACCCAACAUCUAGGUAUGGGUUUACUCGGUCGUUUGUUGGCCAAGACUUCAACUGAGAUUGCUGAUGCUGCCUCCAUUACAGUAGCAGCUAAAAAAUCUCCUAAACCAGUAACAUCAGGACAAGAAACUGUCAAUUAUCUUUUCCAAUUUGGUGCCUCAUGUCUUGAAAAAAGUGGAUUAGAGAGGGCAUGUUCUAUGGCUAGAAUACUAGGAUCUCUAACUAGUGCUCCUCAAUGGAAACCUAUCGUUUGUGAACAUGUUUCUAGAUGUAUACAGACUCUUAAACAGGAUGAUUUUAUUUUGAAAAGUCCAGAGAAAGUCCCUAAACCUGUAAAAUCCAGUGAUGAAACAUCAACCAGCGUAGAUCAGUUAUCCAGUGAAGAAAGAUCAUCCAGUGUAGACCCUGUAGAUGAGGUUGAUGCAGCUGUGAGUGUUACGACAGCUUUGAAAUCAUCCAGUAGUAGUGCUAAACAGGGCAAACCUGAGUUGUCGUCUAUAUUUGCGAUGUUUGUAAUGGCGGGUUUCCCUGAAGUAUUAACAAUUGGUACACAAGUAGAAUAUACUCAUAAGAGUAUAAAUAAAAAACAUGGUAUAGCUAUAAAACACUUCCCUGAUAAAUAUCAAACUCUGAUAGUUAAUACUACUACAAGAAAGAGAAACACAGUAAGUGAUGAAUAUGUGACGUGUAUUAAAGAAAUGGUGGAACUCUGGGAUACGAAUCAUGUGACUGAAUUCACCAGCAUCGUUACAGAAACUAUCGGGAAAAUCAAAGCAGGUGUAUCAUUAGAAGUAGAAACAUUGUGGGUAUUAUCACUGGCAUUAAAAGUUUUAUAUAAUUAUCUACAAACCUCGACCCUACCUCUAGAUGAAGAACUAUUUAAACCAGAGUUGAUCCAGUGUUUGGUUUAUCUAGCUUGUCGUGGUACAGGAUUCAACCAACAAUGGUUGUUAAAAGACUUGGAGGUCCUCUCAUUGAUGCUGUACACCCAUGACCAUUCUGCUAAGCAGACUACAGUUAUUAAGAAACCCAUCUCACCAUCAACGAAAGAGAAACCUAAGAAAAGCGCAAAUAGUGAUGAUAGCUCAGACGAUGAAGAUGAUGAUGAAGAUGAUGAUGAUGAUGAUGAAGAUGACGAUGAAGAUGACGAUGAAGAUGACGAUGAUGAUGAUGACGAUGAUGAUGAUGACGUUAAUGAUGUGUUCCAUGCCCACCUACUGGGGUCUGGGGACUCCUCAGUUUUGGAUGGAGAUGAAGAUGAAGUUGGAAUCAAAGCAUUUGGAACAGUUGAUGAUAAAACCAAAUCUCUUUUUGAGGCACUCCAUGCUGUACAUCAAGUACCAACUUCUGUUUUACAAGUUAUAUAUGACAUGCAUGAAGGAGAUACAGAGGCUGUCAGAAAAGAUAUUAUAGAGAAUUUUGGAAAUUCUGAUGAAAUAAAGAAGUUUAUGGAAACAUGGGAUAAAGAAGGGGAAGAGAAAGAAGAUGAGAAAUCGAGUGUAAAAGUUAUAGAUACUGGAAUCAAUAUAACAUCUACUGAUAAUAAAUCACCUAGCAAUGAGAAGAAAUCAAUUUUGAGUGAUUUUAAAAGAGCUCCGGUAGAAAAAGCAACAGAAGAGAAAGGAGAGCAGACGAUAAGUCUGAUUCCUACACAGACGUUAAACCAGGGAAAGAUUGGAGAAACCAGACAAAAUAAAAGUUCCGAGCUGUUAAAAAAAGAAUUGAUGACGUAUGGUCGUUCUGGAUCGAGAGAUUAUUUAAGUCGUGUUAAUCUAGCUAUGGGUGUGAUAUAUUCCAGACAUCUAUUACGUGGUAUACUAGCUCGCUGGCCCCCCAUGGGACCCACUAUUACCAGUGAUCUAUUAGGAUGUAUUGAUACAGAUAGAAUACCUUGUAUAUUAGAUCUACUGUAUAAAAUGGAUGGCUUAGAUAACUUUCUGCAGGUCGUAGAGAGAGUCAUAAUCAACUGUAAUAGAGAAAGUUUAGUCCCAAUAUCAUGUAAGGCCUGUCAAUUUAUGGAAGAAAUGGCAUCCUCAUCUGUUACCAAGGAAACAGACCAUCCUUACACUAAAGUCACUCAGCGUGGUAAAAUUACUAUACCUGGUGCUUCGUUUUUAUCUGUCACUUUUGAUAGUCGAUGUUCUUUAAUGGAAGAAAUAGAUGAACUGGUAUUUUAUGUGGGUGAUGACCCUGAUAAAAAACAGUACACAUUUACUGGUACAGGGAAAUCAAAAUGGGCAAGUUUCCAGGUGGCAGGAGAUACUAUAAAGUACAAGUGUACUGGUGAUAUGUCUGAGUCUAAGGAAAAUUACUGGGGGUAUAAAUUUGUAGUUAGUAAUGGCACUAGAGACAGUUUUGAGACUGGAUAUACCAUUCUAGACUUUGUUCUCUCUCAACCAGUCGCUUUGUCCCUACCCCUUACUCAGUUGUGGUUACGACUAGUUUAUGUUGCUUGUAUUCAAACUCAUACACAGAGACUACAGGCUAUACAGUUACUAUUGAAGGUUAUAGAUUGUCAACCUACAGAAAGACCUCCAAUAGACAAGAGAUUAGAUUUUGCGAUUCUCUCACCACUAUGGAAGUUAUAUGUUGAUUUAACCAAAGGUGAAGAAGACCCAACGGCCAUAUUACCUCCUGUAGUUAGAGCUCUAACUGACCUCUUUUUACAAGUAGAAAAUCUUGUAGAGCAAUGGGGAUUAGAAAAAGAAUAUCUAGUAGGUGUAAUGGAUAUUGAUGAGGUUAAACUCAGUAUUUUUAGGGGCUUGAUGAAUAUUGCUGCUAUUGGUCACAUGAUUAAUUAUAAAAACAUGGCCACAGAUUUGAUUAAGGUCGUUAGUAAGAAUAUGUCUCCGAAAUCAUCAUCGUAA